AUGGCAAUUGAAGAGACCAAUCCUGGCUAUGGUCAGGAACAUGAUUCCAAAGAUGAAUCAAAAGUCUUAGCAACAGGUAGUGACUCUUCAUACUCCUCUUCAUUGGAGCAUCGUCGAGGAUACGUCGGGAACGAUGCUUCUGCAUUUGACACUACUGAAGACCCUCGUUACUAUAAACCUAUCCCCGAAUAUGAGGGUUUUCAUCGCUGGGAUCCCGAGUUUGAUUGGACCGAGGCAGAAGAGAAGACCAUUGUUCGAAAGAUCGACUGGAGAAUUUGCACGUUUGCGUGUUUUACCUUUUUCGCCCUUCAAUUAGAUCGUGGAAACGUGGUUCAAGCAAACUCCGAUAACAUGCUUGAAGACCUGGGUAUGACCACCAAUGACUACAACACUGGUCAGACUAUUUUCCUUUGCACUUUCCUGGCAGCAGAACUUCCUUCACAGCUACUAUCUAAGUGGGUCGGACCGGAUCGCUGGAUCCCUUGUCAGAUGGUUAUCUGGAGUAUAAUCGCGGCCUGUCAAGCAUUUAUCAAGGGUAAAAGUGGAUACUUUGCUUGUAGAGCUAUGCUUGGUCUUUUGGAGGGAGGCUUCAUUCCCGAUACGAUCCUCUUCCUCUCCUUCUGGUACAAAUCAAAGGAACUGCCAAUCCGACUGGCUUGGUUUUGGGUUGCAUAUGAAGCUACUGCGAUUGUGAGUGCCUUCCUGGCAUUCGGAUUCUUGCACAUCCAUAACUCGAGUGGUGGAGGAGGCUGGCGCUAUCUGUUCGCCUUUGAAGGACUUAUCACUGGUAUAAUUGGUAUCAUUGCUGCCUUCUGGAUGCCUGCGUCUCCAACGCAGACCAAGGGUCUUUUCCGUGGCAAAGAUGGCUGGUUCAACGAGCACGAGGAAAAGAUUAUGGUGAAUCGGGUCCUCCGCGACGACCCUAGUAAGGGUGGCAUGCACAACCGCCAGCCAGUCACUCCUAAGCUCCUCUGGGAGGCGCUGAAGGAUUAUGAUAUGUGGAUCAUCUACCUGAUUGGGCUGUCCUGGAUGAUUCCCAACACUCCUGCCACUAACUACAUCAGUCUGGAACUGAAAUCUCUUGGAUUCACCACUUUCCACACAAAUCUCCUUACUAUUCCUGCCUAUGUCAUCUUUAUCCUCAACCUGCUCUUCUGGACUUGGAUCUCUGAGCGCUUUAACCAACGUCUACUUCUCGGCGUCGUCACCGAAGUAUGGGCAUUAGUCCUCCUAAUUGCUCUCGAGACACUACCUGAGGAUAAAAGUGCCUGGGUACGCUGGGUGCUGAUUACUCUGCUGAUUGGCAUGCCCUAUAUCCACGCAAUUAUCGUGGCAAUUACAUCUCGAAACGCUGGCAGCGUCCGCACUAGGACUGUCGCGACAGCACUGUACAACAUGGCUGUGCAAGUGAGCAAUAUCAUUGGUGCCAACAUCUACCGCACCAACGAUAAACCACUGUACCGUACCGGCAACAAGGUUCUGAUCGGUAUUGCUGCAUACAGUUUGGUGUUAUUCAUUGCGGCCAAAAUUUACUACGUCCGGCGAAACAAACAAAAUGCUGCGAUUUGGGACAGUAUGAGCAGCGAGGAGAAAACGAGAUAUGUGGCUGAGAACCCGAAUCUUGGAAACAAGAGAGUUGAUUUCCGGUUCUUGCAUUAG